GUUUUAUUUCUUUGAGUCCAUUAAAUUGUUGUUGCGGAUGAACUCCAGCAGGUCGACUUUCUAUUGUUGGUGGCGUCGAAAAACGCGACAAUAAACUAUUACAUUAGAUUCUUUCAGAUCUUGGCGUACUCCAAACAACCAAACUCUUAGAAAAUACAAGAAGUCAUGAAUUUACAAACGCUUUUUCAGGAUUUUAAUCCAAGCAAGUUCCUGGUACAUUCUUGUUUGAUGAUCUUUACUGCUCUUUUUGUAUUACGACUUGAUGGUUUUAUUGUAUGGAACUAUUGGGCAGUAUUUAGCCCAAUAUGGUUUUGGAAAGGUAUGGUGAUCUUAGGUGCUACAGUUGGUAGCUAUGUGUGGUGGAGACAUCCACAUUCACGACUUGAAGGAGAGGCAUAUGUCCAUUACAAAGCAAUGCUUAUUACUUUAGCAUUACAUCUGAUUUUGUUAAUGUUUGAACUUUUAGUCUGUGAUAAACUUGAAUCUGAACGACAUUUAUGGAUUCUUGUGUUCAUACCUUUAAUUUUUAUUUCUAUUGUAUCAAUUGCUGUAUGCAUUUGGGCUGUAAAACAUGAUCGAUCUUUUGAACUUGAACUAUUUUGUGCAGUCAAUAUUUUACAAUUUAUCUUUCUUGCACUUAGAUUAGAUGGUUUUGUUACAUGGAGCUGGGAAGUGGUAUUUGUUCCAUUUUGGGCUCUAUUAUGUUUAUCCCUUGUUGCAGAUUUGUAUGCUAUAGUCUUUGCUGCAGUUUUAUUAAGAACACCUCAAAUUAAUGCAAGACAAAGGAGAACAUCCUUGAAUACAGCAUUAGCAUAUACAUUUUUAGUUGUACCAGUAUUGGUGUUUCAAGUAUUACUGGCAAAUAAAUUAGAUGGUGAUAUUUCUCUUAAUUAUACUACAAUAGCUAUGCCAUUACUAUUAUCUCAUUUAACGCUCAUCUCCAUGUCCUUUGGAGCUAAAGGAGGAAAUCGAUGGUGGUUUGGAAUUAGAAAAGAUUUUUGUCAUUUUCUUUUGGGUCUAUGUCCUUUGUUACAAGAAUAUGGUAAUAUUUCAUAUCAACCAAGAAGUGCUGAAGAUCAUCCAGUUGAUUCAACUGUAUUUGACAAAAAUGAAAAAAAUAUUAAGAAAAUAGAUUUGACAAAACCUGUAGAACCCAUAAUUUCCAUAGACAUGCCUGAUUGAUUAAAUUGUCUUUGAUAGUUAUUCAAAAUUGAAAAUGGAUUUCCAUGCUGAUUUACUGUGAAAUUAUAACUCAGACUCUAUGAUCAAAAUAUUUUUUCUUAGAGGAUCUUAACAAACUAGCAAAUAUUUGUAAGAAGUGAUUCUUUA